AUGGGACCGAGAAGGCAAUAUGGCAUGCAAGCCGAAGUCUCACCGCUGCAGAAAGGAACUACGAAGACGACAGAAUUUGGACAAGCUGACGUCUUGUCACGCCUGAUCCCUCCAAGACCGGCUCAGACAGAAGAUAUUGUGAUAGUCAAAAUUGAACAGGAUAUUCUUGCUGUUCAGAGUGCUGCUGUGAAAGCACUGCCCGUUACCAGGAAAACUAUUGAAGAAGAGUCAAGGGAGGAUGGAAGGGUAUCGCAGGUCAUAUGGAUGCUGCAGACAGGAACAUGGCCAAGCAAGCCUAGAGAACAAAUCAACAGCUGGAAGGCUCUGAGCCACGAAUUGUCAGUGCAGAACGGAUGCCUGUAUUUUGGCCACAGAAUCGUCGUGCCAGCCUCACUUCAAGAAGCAGUUUUGAAGCAACUGCAUGAAGGACAUCCAGGAAUGACAAGAAUGAAGAUGCUCGCCCGAGGAUAUGUGUACUGGACGAACAUCAACAGGGACAUCGAAGAAGCUGUUCGCCACUGCCACAACUGUCAAGAAGCUGCGAAGAUGCCAAAGAAGACAGUUCUCAAUUGUUGGACCACUGAGAAGAAACCGUGGGACAGAAUUCAUGUCGACUAUGCGGGACCAGUGAAUGGUAGGAUGUACCUUGUGGUAGUGGAUGCGUAUUCGAAGUGGCCAGAAGUCUUUGAGAUGUCGUCGUCGUCAACCACUGCAACGUUGAGAGAACUCAGAAUGCUGUUCGCACGAUUCGAAAAUCCCAGGGUGAUCGUGUCAGACAACGGUACGCAGUUUACAGCGAAGGAGUUCCAGGAAUUCUGCGACAUGCAAGGAAUUGACCACGUCCGCUCGCCGCCGUUCCAUCCACAGUCAAACGGUCAAGUAGAACGCUUUGUGGAUACCUUGAAAAGAACCCUUCAGAAGAUUAAGGAGGGAGGGACGUCGGAGAAACUUGCGGAAUUUUUGCAGUGCUAUAGAAGAACACCAUGUGCGUCAACGCUAGGACAUCUUUCUCCAGCGGACGUGUUCCUAGGGCGCCAGUUGAGGACGUCGUUGACGCUGUUGAUAGAAUCAGCUAAAGAAGAAGGAACGCGCAAUGUGGAAAUUGAAGAACAGUUCAAUCGUCAUCAUGGCGCACAGAAGAGAUCGUACCAGGAAGAACUCGUGUGGGUGCGUGACUACCGCCCGGGACAUGAGAAAUGGAUCCCUGCUCGUGUGAAGAAUCGCUAUGGACGAGCCGUGUACGACGUGCUAACGGAAGAGGAUGAUUUGUGGAAAAGACACGCUAAUCAGAUGCGUGGAGAAAAACAUCGGAGAGUUAGCUGCGAGAGGUCUGAAGCUUCCAAGAUGCCGUUCAACCAGGAAGACCGACGGUACCAUGGUAUGGCAAGGACGAUCGCUGACAUCAACGACAAUGUCAAGGAUCGAACACCAACUAUCGUGCCGCCGACAACGACUAGACCAGCUCGACAACGCUGA